GCUCAGCUGUGGAAUUUCCAUGCAGGGGGGUCAUCUCAUCACCGGCACAAAGUUUUACCCCCUUUACAACAAGUCUGGAACCUGUUACAUCUUGAGAAAAGGAAUUUCUCGGCUAAGCGCAACCCCCAACUCAAGAGGCCCGGCCCCCCGAUGGAGCCCCCGGUGGUCCAGCCCAUCCCGCCGGUUCAGCACCCAGCCCACUCGUGCCACGGCGAAGAGAUGCCGGCUCCCAUGAAAAGGCGGAGGAGCACCAGCCCCGACCAGAACGGUGGUAAUGGGGUGGGCCAGCACCUGUCCGGUCACGGAGCCCCCGGCAAUCCCCAUUAUCAACUGCCCAAGCCUGGAUUAUGGAACCCCCUGCAUGGAGACCCCUGGGGCCAGGAGCGCAAGAACAUGGCCGCCCCAGACAGACAAGUAAGGCGGACACCCCCACCACUUUACAGCUAAGCCUCCCCGCGGAGGGAGGGAAGGAAGGAAAAGAGGGAGGG